AUGAACCACAGCACUGUUAUUAAAAGCCUGGCCUAUCAGGAACAGUUUGGGCUGAAUCACGUGGACACAUCGACUGACAGAUAGGCAGCCGGCAAGGUGAGAGAGGAACUCAUGGCACUUCGUUGAGGGAGAGGCAAGUCCGUGCGUAAAAACUGAAGUUUACCACGUAGCUGUGCGGCAUCAAAGGGAACAUCGCCAAUAACACAAGAUUUCUUCGGAGUAAAGACACGAAAAAUAAAACAGCAACGGAGAGAGCUGAAGGAAAAGUGGUUGUAUGGCACCUCAGUCGUGCGUAAUGAAUCCUGAGCAGGGAUCGCCACCCUCGGCUGCUCCUGGGGAGACCUCACCAGAGGACCGCACCGAUGGAGGCAUGGGAACUGACGAGCUCGACUUGUCACCUGUCAGAAGAUGUAAAACCAAAAGCGUAGAUCUGCCUUUCAGCGUGGAAUCCCUCAUAUCAGACAGAACACCGGCGCGAAGUCUCCACUCCCCCGAGCCCGGUCUAGGCUGCGUCCGGCCGGAGGUCACAGAGUGUGCGCCACCGAGUGGACUAUAUCAGUCCAAAGAAGAGACGGUGGACCUCAGUGACAAAGAGACGAGCCCCUGGUUUCAGGCUCCUUACACAUCGCCUUCAAGACUUCCCAGCCCACCACCCAAUCUGCGGAAACACAAAAACAACAGGAAACCCAGAACUCCCUUUACAACCUCUCAGCUGCUUUCUCUGGAGAGGAAGUUCCGUCAGAAACAGUAUCUGUCCAUCGCGGAGAGAGCGGAGUUCUCCAGCUCCCUCUGCCUCACAGAGACCCAGGUCAAGAUUUGGUUUCAGAACCGCAGGGCCAAGGCCAAAAGACUGCAGGAGGCUGAACUGGAGAAGCUCAAACUGGCCGCUAAGCCGCUGCUGCCGGCCUUCGCCUUCCCCUUCCCCCUGAGCGCACCUAUGGGUGCACCGUCUCUCUAUGGGGCCCUGAACGGACCACGGCCUGCCUUACACGUCCCAGGAGUAUUCAGUGGACCAUAUGGGAUGUACUAUUUGUCUUAA